AUGGAAAGGCUUGUAAUUCUUCCUUUUUCUUUUGGAUGCAUCUCUGAGGCUAGCGUGGAUGUUGGUUUUCCUCAUCCAAGAAGAUCAAGAUCAUACACCAUCUCACCAGCUGCUGCAAUAAGAGUUGGAAGAACUGGAAAUGGAGAUGGAAAUCAGGUUCCAACAAAUGUGAAACACGUGACACUCAUUGGUUGGGAUGGUAUUGGUAUGGCAGGAACAGAAUCUGCAAAGUCUUCUGACCCCAAAAGGCACUACAAUGACGGUUUGGUGACGAUGGUGGUAGUGGAGGUGGAGGAAGAGGAAGACAACACCAACGCCGUUCUGGUUGCGCCGUGCAACUUUUCAAUGGUCGAGGAGGGCAUUUAUCGCUCCAGCUUCCCUCAACCUUCCAAUUUCGCCUUUCUCAAAACCCUAAAUCUUCGAUCCAUAAUAUACUUGUGCACCGAACCAUAUCCACAGCAAAACUUAGAGUUCCUUCGAUCGCACGAAAUUCGACUCUUUCACUUUGGUAUUGAGGGCAAGACGGAUCUAUCUGUAUCUACUGUGAAGGAUACUAUCAUGGAUGCUCUCAAAGUUCUAAUUGAUGAGAAAAAUCAUCCAGUUUUGAUCCACUGCAAUCGAGGAAAGCAUCGAACUGGUUGCGUUGUUGGUUGCUUGAGAAAAUUGCGGAAAUGGUGUUUAUCUUCUGUGUAUGAGGAAUACCAGCGAUUUGCUGGUGCUAAAUCCAGGAUAACAGAUUUAAGGUUUCUGGAAGAAUUUGACGUCUUAAGUCUGAGGCAGUGCCUUUACAGCAUCAUCUACCAGUACCAAGGUUAUGCUUCAAAGAAGCCGCGGUUGUUGUAUUCAGAUGAGAAUUUACACAAGCCCCAAUUGGCACCGGUUUAG